AUGAAACCCCAACAACCCCGGCCCCCCUCCACCAUCAAAAAGAGAAGAAGUUAUACGCAGAAGUCUCUCACCUCAUGGGUCAAGCACGCUUCAACCCGGAAGCACAGCAGUGACGGUUUGAACAACAACGGCGGGGCCGAAACCUCUACUUCCGGACCCCCUUGCCCCCCGGACAUACCCUCCCCGACUGUCAAUAAGGCCAAGACGUCCAAAGACGACGACGACGACGACGAUGCCUUCUUCGACGACUUAUCCACCGACGAGGAACGAGGUCUAGUCAGCCUCUUAGACAGCAUAGAGUCCAUCACUUCCCCUCCUCCUCAUCCUCCUCGAAUCGCCACACCCCCAACCAAGGCUUCCAAUCCGUCUGCUGCUGCCGCUCUCAAAACACCCGACACCAGUCCCAACACCAGCUUCACAAAUAGUCUCCCCACCCCAUCCACCACCACCUCCAUCUCCACAUCUCGAACACUCUUCCCCGUCGGUGAUGGUCGCAAGCGCAAACGCGAGAAUGUGAGCUUCCAAGACGCUCCUCCAAGAAAGAUGCAGACGCCCGUCACCCCCGGUACACCUGGUGCUGCCGGCACUGCUCCCCGUCGUCAGGCUCAUCGUCCCCCCUCGCCCAACGGUACUCGUAGGCCGCCGCCGGACGGAGACGUCCCACCCGGGCGCACCAUUAACAGUGUCACGGACAUCCCGAAGCUCCACGACGUCCCCGUGAAAGUCCGCACGGGCGUAUCCAAGGACCUCACACAGUCGGCGUACCAGGCCCGCGACAGCGCCGCACUCGAACAGGAGAAUGAGAAGCUCAGGUCUGAGAUCGACCGUCUCAGGAAGGAGAUCGAGACCCAGGACCGUUUGCUCACCACGACAAGGGCCGCCCUUCACAGGGCCACUAUGAAUGGCUGA